ACGGACAGCCGCCCCUAAGCAUGCUGGGAAAUCGGACUUCCGGUUCGACGGGUACGCGGUUGCCGUUGACUCAUACCAGUAUACCGCUCUUUCUAUGCCCGUUUUGCGAUGGCUGCGUGUCAUCAAAAGGAUAUUUCAGCAAGCGACAAGCUUCUGGAUAAUGUUAAUUACAAAGAGAGAAAGUACUGGCAGUGCCAGGAACUAUGGCCUACGAUCAAAGAGGAGGAUAUACGUGCCUACUUCGUCACACGUGAGGGUCUCGACGGCAACGCGGUUGAAGCCCACAAAUCAAUGAAUGCUUACUUAUAUGUGACAUCAGGGAAGGUGCACAGCAUUCACGUGUCCGUACCGGAGCCAGGACUGGUUGUUCUCAAAGGAACAGUAAGCCCAUCCCAGAGGUCGUGUGACCCGUACGUGUGCUGGGUCCUGGCAGAAAAAAGUGGAAAUAUAAAGGAUGCGACGUGCACUUGUAUGGCGGGGCCCUGCUGCAUAUCAUGACUGCAUAUCAUGACUGCAUAUCAUGACUGCAUGCUUCCUAAAGUAUGACUAUUUGCUGGAGACAUCACUCUGCCUUAGUCAUCCUUUA